UUUCCCCUCCGUCCCCUCCCGGCGCCUGCGCGCGGCGCGUCCGGGCGGAUCCGGCGGAAGCGCCGCGAAGGUUCCGGGGCCGUGAUGGCUCCGGACCCCUGGCUCCCGCUGCUCGCCGCCGCUCGCCAGCUCGCCCAGGACAUCGCCGAGAAGCUGCAGGAGCGGAGCCGCUGCCAGCGGAGCGGGGAGAGCUCGGCCAAGGUCAACGUGGCCAUCAGGUCCUCGCUGCAGAGCCUCAGGGAGAAGAUUGAGCAGCUGAGGGAGCAGCUGCUGCGGGCGGUGUCCACACGGCAGAUCACCCAGCUGGAGGGGGACAGGAGGCAGAACUUGGUGGACGAGCUCGUGACCCGGCACAGGCAGCUGGAGGCAUCCUACAGGAAUGAAGGCCCCGAGCCAGAUGUGAGCAGGUCCAGCCUCAUGGCAGGAGGGGCCAGACGAGGCACCCCCAACCCCUGGCUCUUGGAAGAAUCGGAGGAGACCAGAGGACUUGGCUUUGAUGAGCUCAGGCAGCAGCAGAGAAGGAUCAUUGAAGAACAAGAUGCUGGACUCGAUGCUCUUUCUUCAAUCAUAUCCAGGCAGAAGCAAAUGGGGCAGGAAAUUGGGAACGAGCUGGACGAGCAGAACGAGAUCAUCGAUGACCUGACGAGCCUGGUGGAGAGCACGGACGGGCGGCUGCGCAGCCAGACACGGCACGUGCAGGCAGUGGAGAGGAAAUCCACGUCCUGUGGGCUGCUGGUGGUGAUCGUGCUGCUGCUCAUCGCCAUCGCUGUGGUCGCGCUCUGGCCCACGGGGUAACCCCGAGCUGCCGGGGCAGCUGCUCCAGGGCAGCCCAGGGCUGGGGCAGGGACCUGCUGAGGGCUGCAAUGAGCUCCAUCCAUCCUGGGGAACGAACUGCACGGCUGGGAUUGAGCUCCAUCCAUCCUGGGGAACGAACUGCACAGCUGGGAAUGAGCUCCACUGCAGCAGGGAAAAAACUGCACAGCUGGGAAUGAGCUCCACUGCAGCAGGGAAAAAACUGCACAGCUGGGAAUGAGCUCCAUCCAUCGUGGGGAACGAACUGCACGGCUGGGAAUGAGCUCCAUCCAUCCUGGGGAACGAACUACACGGCUGGCAAUGAGCUCCACUGCAGCCUGGACAAACUGCACAGCUGGGAAUGACCCCACUGCAGCCCUGCUCUCCUUGGCCGAGGAGCUCGGUGGGAUCUGCAGGAUUCCAGUGGGAAAAGGAUUUCAUCCCACCCGCAGGAUCUCAUCCCACCUUCCCCUGGCACUCAGGCCGCUGCAGCAGGGGGAUGGACCCAGCUCUCCUGCAUUUGGGCCCUCGCUGCUGCUGCUGCUGCUGCUGCUGCUGCAGCCCUGCGCAGCUCGCCGAGCUCAGGCACGCCAGGGCUGCGGACCAAAGCCCCGGAGUGCCAUGGAGAGCAGCGGCGUUCCCGCUUUGGGAUGGACCCUCCUGCAGGGCAGUGCUCUGAUCGAGGGCCGGCCUGGGCACGGCUGCGGCCGGGACAGCCCCGCGGAACCACCGGGCUGGGCGGAACCACCGGGGCUGCACGGAACCACCGGGGCUGCGCGGAACCGCCGGGGCUGCACGGAACCACCCGGGCUGCGCGGAACCGCCGGGGCUGCACGGAACCUCCGGGGCUGCGCGGAACCGCCGGGGCUGGGUGGAACCACCGGGGCUGCACGGAACCACCGGGGCUGCACGGAACCACCGGGGCUGCACGGAACCCCCGGGGCUGCGCGGAACCGCCAGGGCUGCACGGAACCACCGGGGCUGCGCGGAACCACCGGGGCUGCACGGAACCGCCGGGGCUGCGCGGAACCACCGGGGGGUUGGGGGGUUAUUGAUCCCCAGGGACGGUUAUUGGUGGGUUAUUGAUCCCCAGGGAUGUUAUUGGUGGGUUAUUGAUCCCCAGGGAUGGUUAUUGGUGGGUUAUUGAUCCCCAGGGAUGGUUAUUGGUGGGUUAUUGAUCUCCAGGGAUGGUUAUUGGUGGGUUAUUGAUCCCCAGGGAUGGUUAUUGGUGGGUUAUUGAUCCCCAGGGGUGUUAUUGGUGGGUUAUUGAUCCCCAGGGAUGGUUAUUGGGGGGUUAUUGAUCUCCAGGGAUGGUUAUUGGUGGGUUAUUGAUCUCCAGGGACGGUUAUUGGGGGGUUAUUGAUCUCCAGGGACGGUUAUUGGUGGGUUAUUGAUCCCCAGGGGUGUUAUUGGUGGGUUAUUGAUCCCCAGGGGUGUUAUUGGUGGGUUAUUGAUCCCCAGGGAUGGUUAUUGAUGGGUUAUUGAUCCCCAGGGAUGGUUAUUACUGGGUUAUUGAUCCCCGGGGAUGGAGUUACUGCAGAGUUGCUGAUCCCCAGGGAUGGGGACUGAGCAGCAGCAGGGCUCAGCCCAGCCUGUGAGAGAGAGCUCUGCCCUCGUGUGCUCCCCGGGGGCCCUGCCAGCCUGGCCUCGGGAGAUGCACCACAGUUAAGGUCCUCACUGAGCUCUGGCUCCUCCUUUGACAGCUUCUCACACCCUUCUGCAGCUGAGAGGAAGGAUUACCUAUUUCAAAACUAAUGAAAAAGAAGUAUUAAAUGUUUGCUUCUGGCCAAGAGAAUAAUUAUUUUGUUACACGUCAGUUUGAUUUCAGGAAUAAUAGAGCAAGCAAUAAAUGCUGAUUAAAGCUGAUCCAUUUCUAUACAGUU